AUGUACAGAAGUGAUCUGAGUACAGAGUUUGCAGUUCGUGAUUUGGGCAAUCUCAAUUAUUUUUUGGGUAUUGAGGUAAUUCAACAUGGUGGUUCAAUCAUACUCAGUCAGCGCAAGUAUAUUGCUUAUUUGCUUAAACGUACAACAAUGAAUGGUGCAAAGACUGUCUGUACACCUCUUGCAGCCAAUACAAAGAUACUACGAGUCGGCAGCAACAAGUUUGAUAAUCCAACCAUGUACAGGUUUGUUGUAGGAGCUCUUCAGUACCUUCAUCUUACUCGACCAGAUAUUGCUGUUGCAGUUGCAAAAGUUUGUCAAUAUAUGCAUGAUCCGAAUGAGGAACAUUGGGAAUUAGUGAAGCGAAUUCUUCGUUAUCUGAAACACACAGUUGAAUAUGGUCUGGCAAUACGAAAAUCAACUGAUUUAUCACUACAUGCUUAUUCUGAUAGUGACUGGGCAGGCAAUUUAGAUGACAGAUUGUCAACAAGUGGAUAUUGUGUCUACUUUGGUGGCAAUUUGAUAUCAUGGAGUGCAAGGAAACAACACACCGUGUCUAAAUCAAGCACUAAAGCUGAGUAUCGAGGCAUUGCAAUAGCUACAUCAGAACUGGUAUGGAUUCAGUCAUUGCUCAAAGAACUAGGAAUUCCUGUGUCUACUCCUUCUUUAUGGUGCGACAACCUUGGAGCAACAUAUCUUACAGUCAAUCCGGUGUUUCAUGCACGUACUAAACAGAUAGAAAUUGACUACCAUUUUUUCAGAGAAAGAGUGGAUAACAAACAAUUAGAAGUCAAGUUCAUUUCUUCUAAAGAUCAAAUUGCAGACAUCUUCACUAAGGUCCUAGCUUCACCAAGGUUUCAAUAUCUCAGAGACAAUUUAAACAUUCGACAACUCAUGCUCAACUUGAGGGGGCUGUUAAGGAUACAACAACUAAAGCCUAUAUCAGUGGCCUUAUUAGCGCUGAUCCUUUAUCAUGCCAGCUACCAGAGAAUCUUUCCUCAAUCACAGUUCUACGACCUAUAUCAAAGGCAUGAUUUAUGCAAUAUUUCUGUUAUUAUCAUUCAUGUAAUAUCUUCUCUAUUUAGAUUAAUGUAG